UGUUAUUGUUUAAAAAUGAUGAAUUUUUUGAUUGAUUAGCGGCACUACAAAUAUUAUCUGCAAAUAAGCUCCUAAACCCUGCUAAAGUACAGUACCAAGUUUUAAUUGGUACUUGAAAACCACUAGAAUACGCUAGCGCAAAUUUAGUUACUUAUAAAGAUCCCUGCGAGGUACUCACUUCAGUACUAACACUUUUCGUGACUCCAAUUAUGUUACGAUUUUGUCUAGUUUUUGCCACCUUACUAAGCUUUGGUCAAUUCGCUGACCAUGACACAUUUAAAGACUGCGCCAGGGUAAAUUUCUGCACCACCCUACGAACAAGAACACCUGAAAACAAGUACUCUGUAGAUAGUGAUUCUGUAGUGAUUGACCCCGACGGCGGUCAACUUAAAUUCGAUCUACUAGACACCAAUGGUUCCGACAACCUCCAGGUCAUCAUCACCCGACUGGAAGGUGAUAACUUUAGAGUCCAAAUCCAAGAACCGGACUCGGACCGAUACCAACUGCAAGAUGUUUUAGACGGCGAACUUAACGUACUACCAAAUGAUAAAAUCGUCAUUGAUCCAGACUCUUACACCAUAGUAACAGACGGCGCUAAUGUUACAAUCCAAUUUUCACCCUUCUCUAUCGAAUUCACCACAAACCAAGGCCCCCAGCUAGUACUCGACGGCACUCGCUUAAUCUUCGACAAAAAUCUAGACAAAGCAUUUGCUUUCGGCGUUACCUUUCCUCAAGCGUACCAACUCUACGGGAUCCACGAGCACGCCGACGGUCUUGCUUUGCAAACUACGCAAGUCGGUGGUACCGAUCCGUACCGUCUGCGCAACCUUGACGUGUCAGGGUAUGAAUUAAACUCACCCAUGUCGUUGUACGGAUCGAUUCCGGUGUUAUAUGGACACGGGUCGGAAGCAACCACUGGUAUAUUUUUACACAACGCUGCUGAACAAUGGAUGGAAAUUACCAACGGUGAAGAUAACACCCAAGCGUACGUUAUGGUAGAAAGUGGGGCUUUAGAUGUGUUUGUUUUGCUCGGUCCUACGCCCGCUGAGGCGGUACGACAAUAUGUGGGUUUAACCGGUACUGCUCACCUCCCGCAGUUGUGGGCUCUGGGUUAUCAUCAGUCCCGUUGGAACUACGUCAGUCAAGAUGACUUAAAGGAUGUGGUUGCAAAUUUUACUACUUAUGAUUUUCCGUUGGAUGUGAUUUGGCUUGAUAUUGACUACACAGAUGGGAAGAAGUACUUCACGUGGGACCCAAAUGCUUUUAGUGAUCCUGUUGAGAUGCAACAGAACAUCUCCGCUUCCAAUAAAAGACUGGUGACUAUUAUAGAUCCCCACAUUAAAGUAGAGCAAGGAUACAACGUGUAUGACGGUGCUUUAGAACAAGAUCUGUUCGUUAAAAGAGCAGAUGGAAGCAAUUUUGAAGGUGAUUGUUGGCCAGGUCUUAGCAGCUACAUGGAUUUUCUUAACCCGGACGCCCGAGACUACUACUCAAGUUUCUACUCGUACGACAACUUCCCGUCCACAACUCCUGUUCUUGCUGGAAUUUGGAACGACAUGAACGAACCAUCAGUGUUUGACAAUAGUAUUGAAAAAACACUUCCAGGUGAUGCGGUACAUCACGGAGGAGUAGCCCAUCGGGACAUCCACAACAUCUAUGGACUUCUACAUACAAAAUCAACCCACCAAGGAUUAAUCAACCGUGACAAUAACACCAAGCGUCCUUUUAUUCUCACCCGGUCACACUUUGCGGGUACUCAAAGGUACUCCGCAAUUUGGACGGGUGAUAACCAGGCAGAAUGGGGUCACUUGAGUGUGAGCUACUCAGAGUGCUUGGAUGCUAAUCUUCUAGGGAUUGUCUUCUGUGGUGCUGAUGUUGGUGGCUUUUCCAACAACCCCAGUGAAGAACUUCUACAAAGGUGGUACCAAGCAGGUGCUUGGUUGCCGUUUUAUCGAGCUCACUCUGACAGUAGCUCGCAGAGGCGCGAACCUUUUCUUUUUAACGAAGACGUUCAAGCAGUGAUAAGAAAUGCCAUACAGUUGAGAUACAAACAUUUACCAGUAUGGUACACGCGUUUUUAUGAACAUACAAGGAAUAGAGACCCGAUUAUUCGACCAUUGUUCUAUCAGUAUCCUUCCAACGUGGAUGUUUAUAACAUAGGGGAUCAUCUUCUUCUUGGUGAUGAUAUUCUGGUGAGAGCGGUUACUGAAUCUGGAGUGGAGUCAGUUCAGGUGUAUUUCCCAGGUGGUACCGACGAACACUGGAUUUCGAUUAGUUCGUCUGAUGUGUAUGAAGGGAGUGGUUUUAUUGAUGUUCCGGUUGAUAUACAAGGGAUUCCGGUUUAUUACAGAAAAGGUAGCGUUAUAGUCAGAAAAGACACUCUGAGGUUGAGUUCUGAUGAAAUGGUGGGUGACGGUCAUACUCUACAUGCCAAUUUGGAUGCUGAUAACAAAGCUUCAGGUACUGUCUACCUUGAUGACAACACAAGCUUCAAUUAUGUCAAUAAAGAGUACAAUUACUUGAAGAUCGAUGUUGAUGGUACUGAUGUUACAUUAACGAAAAUUGAUGAUGAUGCGAAUUCAGACGGUUUUGACUUUGUGAUUGACGAUGUCGUGGUUAAUAAAAUCAUAAAGAAGCCCCAAAAUGGUAUUCCCGGAAAAUAUGAAACAAAAAUUUACAAAAAGACUGUUGAUGGACAGUUACUUAAAAAUUUGAAAUUCAAGUUUAAUGAUAUUGUUACAAUUAAAUUAGCAUGAAGAUCAUAUCAAUAUUUCACAAUAAACUUAUUUUAGUUUGAUAA